GUGUUUUUCCGCUGCCGCUAUUCCACACGUUGUUCCACAAUGGAGACCAAACCGGUCAUCACCUGCCUUAAAAUGCUGAUCGUCUACUCCUUCGUGUUCUGGAUAACAGGCGCCAUCCUGCUGGCGGUGGGAGUAUGGGGGAAGCUGAUGCUGGGCCCGUACAUCUCCCUGAUCGCCGACAACUCCACCAACGCCCCGUACGUCCUCAUCGGCACCGGGACCGUCAUCAUCGUCUUCGGCCUGUUCGGAUGCUUCGCCACCUGCAGGGGGAGCCCAUGGAUGCUGAAGCUGUACGCCAUGUUUCUGUCGCUGGUCUUCCUGGCUGAGCUGGUGGCGGGGAUCUCUGGGUUUGUCUUUCGCCACGAGAUCAAGGGAACCUUUCGCAGAACCUACACCGACGCAGUCCUGAACUACAACGCAGAGGACGAGGCGAGCCGCGCUGUGGACAACCUGCAGCACCGGCUGCGCUGCUGCGGCGUCUAUAACUACACCAGUUGGUUUGCCAGCGUGUAUUACCCCUCUAACGGCAUUCCUGCCAGCUGCUGCUUCAACUCCUCCGACUGCAACCCGGAAGACCUCCGCAACACAACUCUGGCCCCCAGCAAAGUCUACCACCAGGGCUGCUUCGAGCUGGUCACUUCCUUCAUGGAGACCAACAUGGCCAUCAUCGCCGGGGUGAUGUUUGGGAUCGCCUUCUCUCAGCUGAUUGGCAUGUUGCUGGCGUGCUGUCUGUCCAGGAUCAUCACAGCCAAUCAGUACGAGAUGGUCUAGCUGAUGUGAUGUGGCAGGGAGAUGAAGAGAAGACGGGUUUUGUCACACGAACAGAGUAAAUCUCCACGAAACGCCUGGAUUGGAAUUGGAAUCGAUCUCCCUCCGUCUCUCUGCCUGCGAUCUCCUUAAUGUAAUAUCUUAAUGUACCUUACUGUAAAGCACCAUUCCUUGACUCACCACAGCUGCAUCAGAGCUUUCCACACCGCGCAUCGUCUCGUCCCGGGUCGGUACGGCACACAGCGAGCAGAGCGGGCGGGCCGCAGCAUGCUCCACCGAGCGUCGCUCCAAGACGGCCGCACACCUUUGUACAGAAUAACACUACUGAAGCUUGAAAGUGUUACUUUGAUAGGUUAGGCGUAGUUUCGCAUUGGACUUUGCUAUAGCGCUUCAUUGUAUAUUCCUCUGGUUGUGACCGUUUAGUGAGCUGAUUACGUGUCCUAAUGCGGAGGAUGUUUUUUUAGUUUAUAUCAAAAAUAUGGAUCUGGUGAAGAAAACGAAGGGAAAAGUUGUUGUAGAGUAUUUUUACCUGAAGAUGAAGUAUGAUAUUUUUUUGCUCCAAAAUAUUUAAUUGAAGUAAACGACAGAUGAAGGCUGAAUAUCAGUGAAAGAUUUAAUCUGAAAUGAAUGCACAGGGUGGUUCUGUGCUGUGAAGCUUUAAAUAUGGAUCAGCUUCAUACAGAACAGUUACAGUCAGUCAGUUCUACGGGAAAAUCACAGCAACAUGUGACCUUGAGCCUGAAGGCCUGAUGACAUCCACAGUAAAGCAAUAAACU